AUGUCCAAUCCAAAGGUCUUCAGAGAACUUUGCCGCGCGGAAGUACAUACUAAGCCUACGUCUGGUGUGCUCCCAGGUUACGUCCAAGCUAAUUUAUUGAUUUUACCCAAAUCUGCAGCUGACAGCUUUCAAGACCUAUGUGCAAGAAAUCCCGUUGCUUGUCCUCUUUUAACCAAAACCCUGGGAAGUCCUCACAUACUAGAAGAGCAUGCUAAAUUCAUUAGCGGCGACUCCUUUGACAUCCGCACAGAUUUUCCAAAGUAUAAUAUUUACCAGAGAGGUAAACUAGUAGAGCAGAAAAACAAUUGUCGCAAGGAAUGGUCAAAAAACCACAUAGGAUUUCUGAUAGGGUGCUCUUUUUCUUUUGAAGAUGCUUUGAAACAGGCUGGUUUGACCCCCAAAAACGUACUUCGUGGCACAAAUGUCUCCAUGUUUGUAACCACGAAAUACCUUGACUCUGCGGGCAUAUUCCAUCAGUGCCCAUAUGUUGUCAGUAUGAGACCAUAUAAACCAGAGGACAUAAAUCGCGUGAGAGAAAUAACGAGACCUUUUAAGAAAACUCAUGGCGAACCCAUCGACUGGGGGUUUGACGGUGCUGAACGCUUGGGAAUUUCUGAUUUACAGAAGCCAGACUACGGCGAUUCUCUACGUAUAGCUGAGGACGAGGUGCCGGUGUUCUGGGCAUGUGGAGUAACUCCACAAUUAGCUAUUGCUACCGUCGGUCAUAUGAUAGAUGGUUUGGUUAUAGGGCACACGCCUGGUCAUAUGCUUGUCUUGGAUGCCACUAACGUCUGUUAG